GUGUCUCAAAGCGAAGGCGGAAAUACGAAGGAGUUCAUUCUCUCGCUUCAGGACGACACUUCCGGGUCUGGCCCCUGUUCGAGGUGAGUCUGACAGCCACCGUCUUCCAGGACCAGAAGCCCGUUGCGCGUUGCAGUCAUGUCGGCAGCUGCUCCGGGGACCAGCAAGGCGGCCCACGGCGACGUGGCCGCGAGGAAGAAGAAGGGACCCGGGGCCCUGGCCACGGCCUACCUGGUCAUUUACAACGUUGUUAUGACAGCGGGGUGGCUGGUGAUAGCCGUGGGUCUGGUCAGAGCUUACCUGGCCAGAGGAAGCUACCACGGCCUGUACUACUCCAUAGAGAAGCCUCUGAAGUUCUUUCAGACUGGAGCUCUUCUGGAGAUACUGCACUGUGCUGUAGGAAUCGUACCGUCCUCUGUGGUCUUGACUGGAUUCCAGGUUAUGUCCCGGGUCUUCCUCACCUGGGCCGUCACACACAGCGUCAGGGAGGUGCAGAGUGAGGACAGUGUGCUGCUGUUUGUCUCAGCCUGGACUGUCACAGAGAUCAUCCGCUACUCUUUCUACACCUUCAGCCUACUCAAUCACCUGCCGUACCUCAUCAAAUGGGCAAGGUACACUUUUUUCUUUGUGCUGUAUCCCAUGGGAGUGACUGGGGAACUGCUGACUAUCUACGCAGCGCUGCCGUACGUGCAGAAGACCGGCCUGUACUCGGUCACUCUCCCCAACAAGUACAACUUCUCUUUCGACUACUACACUUUCCUCAUCCUCAUCAUGAUCUCCUACAUUCCCCUCUUCCCCCAGCUUUACUUCCACAUGAUACGACAGAGGAAGAAGGUGCUGGGCCACGUAGAAGACUACAGCAAAGUGGAGUGAGCCAAGCAGCAUUCAGACGGAUCUGAUGAAGGAAAAAGAAAUAAAACCUAGGUCCGCUUAAAGAAAUGUGAGCCAGUUUUCAAACUGCCAGAGCUGACCUGGCAGAAGAUCCAAUUAUCAAGCAACUUUAUAUAUUUUUUCCAGCUGUUGUCCGGGUUGUGUAGAUGCUCACAAAUCAAAACUGAACUGCUGUUUUAUUUUUGUUGUUCUUUUUUUUGUGAACAAACUGCAGUUGCUUUUGUGAAGUGAGGGAGCCUGCAGCUGUAAAUAAACUGUAUCUUGAUUCGGAUACAGUUGAGCUGCUGUCUGAGCACUGAGCAGAACUCUGUCACAGCAAAGCAUUGGACUGAAAGAAUGGAUAAGCUCUAAUAGAAUGGAUUACUCCUUUUAUAAAUGUCACUAUACAAAUUCCCAAUAGAUUUUUCACCUCCCCAUGGCUCAUCUUUUGGUCUCUUUUAAAGAAACAGUUGUGCUUUACUCUAAUGUAGAAAGAAUACUGAAGGCUAGUACUAAAACCAGGUUGUAGGUUUUGCAUCCACAGUGUGUUUGUUGGUGGUCCUCAUUUGUAAUUUAGUUUUGUCUUUCAUUCAUUUCACUCAAAAGUUUAAUUACAUUCCUAAGUUAGUUCAAUAAACCUUUUUCAUUCUGUGCUUGCAUGGUUUUUUAUGUGUUUUUCUUGUGCGUUAGCUGCCGUUUGCUUGGUGUUUGCUUGCAUGUAGUUUUGAUCUCUCUUAGUUGCAUUCUUAGUGGUUUUACAUCGAUCAUUUUGACUUAUGAAGCUCAAGUUUCCCAGUGAUGACUGUGAGUUGUCUUUUGAUGUUUGAUGUUUAGGUGGAUUAUACAUACAGUAUACAAGCAGCCAGUUUUUUUCCCCCAUCACUCAUCCUUUCAAGUGAGCAAACAUCCCUCUUCUCUUUAUGUGAUUGGAUUUCCUUUUUUAUCUAUUGAAAGUAACUAAUUUUUGCAUUUAUAGCUCCAAUAAAGUGAUACUUUAAAUUAGGACACACACUUUUAUUCAUGCUCCAUUAAGCUGUCUUCAGUUUUCAUCUCUUCAGUGUCUUAAGAGGUCAGUGUCUUACAAAUGUUAAAAACUUAUUACAAAAGAACAAUUAAGACAAAACUACUUAAGUUAAGGGACACUUAAUAAAAAAUGAGCAGCAAAGCAUAGAGUAGCAGCAGUGUUUUCUGAUGAAAUUAGCUUUGAUAUGUAACAAACAAAACCGCAUUGUAGCCUAAUUAUAUGCUAGAUGGUUGCAUAAAAUACUACUCCUAAGUGACAUGUCCCUGUCAAUGGGGCAGCAAUGCUUUAGAAGGAAGUGAACAGACUUUGUACUGAAUUCAAUGGGUGAGAUCGUUGUCAUGCCUUUACAAUGAGGGGAUCAUAAUAAUGUAUGUUACAGAGAGAGAGAGAACUGUGAAUCCGACUUAUUCCAUUGUUUUGUCCGUUGUUUGUUUUUAAUAGUCAGAUUUGAUGCAAAAUACAUAAUGUUCGCUCAAUGUUUUGGACAAUGUUACAUUUGUAAAUUGUAAUCCUGAAUGCUCCAUAUAUAUUUUGUUCAGCUCAGUUGCAGCUGUUCUGUCGGACAAUAACUUAACACCAGGCUGAAAAGUAUUCUUUUAUUGCCCUCUUUAUACCUAGCCAUCUCAUCUAUGAUAUUUCUGCCUCCAUCCCAGUGCAUAGUAGGGGAAUGGAAUUUAGUUGUGGUACUCACAACAUUUAAAAAUUACAUUUAAAAAGUGCAACAUCUAUUUCCUGUUACUCUGGAUCAGUCGUUUCCAGACUCCCCUUAAGGAGCCGAAAAAAUGUCAUGCAAUGCAACAGUUAAUGUUAUUAGUCACACUUGUGUUUGGCAAGUUGUAAAAAAGGCUAGUCUUCUGUGCUUUUGCCUUAGUCUUAUGUGCCUCUCCCAAGGAGUCCUGCCCCACAGUUUUGGAGCUAUUGCUCUGGAUAGUCCACCUAACAAGCUGUAGGUAGAGUUUUUAUAUGGUUUUAUUUCUUUGGAAGAUGGUAGUGCCAAUGAAACUUGUCCACAGUGAGAUGUGUGGAUUGUCCAGAGUGACUGCAAUGCUGGUUGCUGGUUGCUGUCAAAAUAUUUUAAAUUGAAUUUCAUAUAAUGCUUUGAGUGCCACAUGCAAAAUUACUUUCACAUUCAUAGGGGUGGAGGCAGAAAUCUCAGAAAUGGCUUCCAAAACCUUUGCAUGUCUACAUACUGUUCUACUAGAAGUGAGUAAGAUUUAUUUGUAAAUUAGGCGAACCAACCCUUUAAUUUAAUGUUUCCAAUCCCAGCCACUAAUAUUAUUUGUUCUUUAAAAUGUGCUUUAAGCAAUGACAACAUUACUGAUCACCACCAAAACAUGUUAUGUUGCUGAAGUUUUGCUUGCUUUUUAUGACCAUAUACCUGUCUUACACUGAAUUAUGUAGCAAAGUGAGCAGCUAUUGGCUGAAAUGUCAAACAUUUCCCCCCCGUGAAUGGUUGAGCAUGAUUUGGGAUACUUGGAAAUGUCUUGCAGGAGCAGACGAGCAGCUCAUUGUAAACCCGCAUGAAAGAGGAAAUCUGGAUGCCUGGAAUGAUAAUGUGUGUUACAACCGAACUUUAAAAAAAAAAAAAAAAAAAAAUUCAAAAGCAUGGCAUAUGUUACACCAGAACUGGUUCUACUUAAUAAAGUUUUGAUACAAA